GAGCAUCCUCUCCACCGCACUCCGCUUGCCUUUGUUUUUUUCCCAGUCAUUUGCUCUACUCGCUUCUCUCGGUAAUCUGAGAUGGGGAGAGAAGUGACCCCUCCUCCCCUCCCGUGAGUGACUCUCCGGCCUUCUGUGCAGCCUCUCCUGGGCUGGAUGGGGAAGCAGGGGAGAGAGAGGGAGGGAGGCGUGCUGGAGGCUGGGGAAGGAGUCUGAGAGCUAGGACCCGGCCCCCUCCCCAGGCCCCUCGAAGGUGUGUUAGUUGGAGCGCGUCAGAGGGGAGCCUGCAGGCAAAGUUGAAGGCAGCCCUGUGAAGUGGAGGCUGAAGAGUGUUCUGCUGGUGAGGAAGGCCCGUUUCCUAGAGCCAGAGCCCAGUGUCACCCUCAGCACAGCCCACGGUGUCUUCCUGGGCCCCAGCAGGGGGAGAAGACCUGAAUCUGAAGAUGGUCUCUGCCAGGGGGUCUUUGUAGAGAGAGUGCCUGGCGGCCCCAGGAAGCACUGGAACAGCAGGGGUGCUGGCGGCCACCGCAGAGGACAGGAUGAGAGCCCGUCGCCCUGGCUUGCUCAGUCCCACUGCCUCUGCUCUGCCUAGUGGCCUAGCAUUGCCAAAGCACCCAGCUGGCAUCUCGGAACCAGACUUGGGCUGAACCGUCCACCACGGGCUUGAAGGCCCCAUGAAGGAGGGAGAAGACAGCCGCUCACUUGCUUAUCAGAACCAACAGGGGACACCUCCCUCGUUAUCCAGCACCCUCAGCCAUUCUGGGUCUGGAGUCUGGGCAUCUUCCUCAAAAUUCUUAAUCAGGACCCAGCAAUUAUUUUAUCUCAUGUCACCCACAGAGUCACUGCUGUUUGUCCUGCCCUUAGGAGAAGGUGAAGAGAAACAUCCUCUGCCUUGGGCCCCAAAGCGCGGGUUUUGAAAAUAAGGGCCUCCACUUUUGCUGCCCGUCUUAGACGCUGCUCCACCCUACAGACACAGCUCAGGAGCGCUGGCCUCCCCGACACAGUCCCCGUUGCCCAUUGGUUCCAGCUGUCAGAUGCGCCCGAAGGAAAGAGAGUUUCUCUCCUAGGCUGGGUGCCCAAGUCCUUAACCGAGGGCUGAGGCAGCCAUUACAGAGGGCAGGAAAGAGAGACCGAGGGCCUCAGAGGCUGAGAAGACAAGCCCAGUGUUGCUUCUGGGCCAGAAUGAGUGGACCAAGGUGCAAGACCGGGCAGCAGCCACGUCUGAGGUCUUUGGUACCCGAUGAGACAUCCAUCAAGUUCUAGUUCCCAGAAUGCAGGACUCCAGCCCCAGAAGAGGGCUGGAGCAGAGUGUGUGUACCUGCCUGCCUGCUCUCCUUCCCUUUCUCAUCACGCCCCUCCCUCCCACACAAAAUGUGUGAUGGACCAAUUAUAUUGCAAACGGAGGCCAUGAGAAAGAAGAACUGCCAGGCAUCCCCAACUUUUUAAAGGCUCUGAGCUCCGGAGACACAGAGCCUACCAGUGCAUGUGGGACGCAGAUCCUCAAAAAAGAACUGAAAACCAAGGAAAGAACGCUUGCAAAUGACGUUGCUCACAUGGCAGCGCUGGUGCCGGCGGGCUGCUCUCGGUGGAAAAUGGUGGAGGCUGCUCCCGCCCCAGGAGGGAGAGACACCACCUCCUGGGCUAGAGGCCUGGAUCCGCUGCCAGGCUUGCCAGAGCAGACUGUCAUCCAGGGGACAGGGAGACACAGUGCGACCGGACGCUGAGGAGGGUUGCUGGCGAUGUGGGGGGAAGUAGGGGUGGAGGUGACUUCCAUUUCUAUCUGGUUCACGUCUGGGGGGGCCCUGGCCGGGCAGCCCCCCCACAUCUCUCCUGCCCUGAAACACGGCUCUAGCCAACCUGCUCCGCUGCUUCACCUGCGACCGUCUGUGUGGGAGCUGCACGGCACCAGCCCCUCCUGCCCGCCAGGGCAUCGUCCUCCAGCCCGUCAUGCCCAGCUGCGACCCUGGCCCGGCCCCUGCCUGCCUCCCCACCAAGACUUUCCGCAGCUACCUGCCCCGCUGCCACCGCACCUACAGCUGCGUCCACUGCCGCGCACACCUGGCCAAACACGAUGAGCUUAUUUCCAAGUCCUUCCAAGGGAGCCAUGGCCGAGCCUACCUGUUUAACUCCGUGGUCAACGUGGGCUGCGGGCCAGCUGAGCAGCGUCUCCUGCUCACGGGGCUCCACUCGGUAGCUGAUAUCUUCUGCGAGAGCUGCAAAACCACCCUCGGCUGGAAAUAUGAACAAGCUUUUGAGACGAGCCAGAAGUACAAAGAAGGGAAGUACAUCAUUGAAAUGUCACACAUGGUGAAGGACAACGGCUGGGACUGAGGGGCUCCGGCAGGCUGUGCCCUUCCUCCGCAUGCCCCACCCUCCCCACCCCUGUCCCCUGGCCCUGCCAAGCGUCCAUACCAGCAUGAGUACUGCCCCACCCCUGGGGGGAACCCGGCUCCCACCACCCCCUCCCCCGCCUCCACCUCGCCACUCCCAGGCCCCUUUGGAACGGGGCCCUGGGGUACCCCAGGGGUGUUGAAGGCUCAGGAGUGGGCAGCAGCCAGGGAGACAGACUGUGGGGCCUUCUAGCCCCAAGGUCCUGAAAAUUGAGGGGAUGGCGGGGCGUAGACUCAGGCAGAGAGGACCAUGGGAGGAAUCGGUGUUUGCUCCACCUCUGUGAAUGAACAGAGGACCAACUUUGAGUCAUGGGACUGGUAGAUCCUAGGCCACAGAAGAGCAGGUGGGAAAAGGCUUGAGAUGGAGUGAAAUUUUGGCCUCAGACACCGGGAGAUCCCGGAGUCUCUAAGGGUGAAGUUUCCCACCCCUGUGUGAAGAAGCAAGGAUUCGUUGGGGGUGGAAAUCCCAAAUCCCAGGCCCCGGGUAAUAAAAGAAUCGCAGGGGUUUCCAUUUCACUCCACUUGUUUAUCUUGGCACUGAAGAGGCACUUCCAAGUAUCUGACCCUUGCGUGGGGUAGGGAGAGUUGCCCUGGAACAGCCUCACCCCCAGCGGGCAGAUUCCAGAGCAAGCAGGCGUUGUAGGUGUUCUCCGAGGCCCAGCCACUGCUCCCUGGCACCCAGUCCCUUGGGGGGAAGGCGGGAAAUCAGUGCUACGGGGCCAGGCUUCCUCAUGGCUGCCACCAGCGAACGAAACUUUUGUAUGAUACAUAAAGUGUUUGAGUCUAUUUUUAAUAAAAAGGGGAAAGCAACUGUGA